AUGAAUCUCGACGACCAACGAGACGAUGUGACCGACAACGUGGGUCGUAUGGCCCAACGCACCUCGUUCAAGAGUGCGCGGCGUUCGAGUCAGGCGCGGUAUACGUACGAGCAUUCUUUCACAGUCGACGAGAAGAGUGAGGACUGCGGCAUCAAGGGUUGGGCCGAGUGGCACGAUGGCGUGCUGCUCCUCUAUGCAGGGCAUGUGGCCAUCAACCACUGCACACAUGGCGUGCUGGACAAAAUCCCAGGUAUGCUGGACUUUCCAACGUCGUCCGACGACGACGUCGCACUGCACGCUCACUUGCACUCAUGGCAAGAAGGGCGCAUGUUCAGCAAGACCGAGUUGGCGUGA